GUAUAUUAUACCAGUAUAGUUGAAUCGGAGAAUUUUUUUACCCGUGCUUAUACCUAUACGUGUAACAGAUUUCGAGUAGAGAUGCGUGGAAAAUAAUAAAUAGAAAAAUUCUAAUCCGAUUAGAUCCGCGAUGGGCGAGGUGAAUUGUAUAAUAUUUGAGAAAUUCCAAGUGAAUUUCCAGACGGAUGAGAACGACGAUUUGUACAAUAUGACAGAUGAUAUACCGUAGAGUCCGGGAUGUGGAACGAUAUCAUUCAGAAAUGUCCCAGGGAAACAACAAAACUCUUCGUCUCCGCGAGGACCUCGUCGUCUCUCCUUCCUUCUCUUUUGCUCAUCUCCUUUAACCAGACGACGCGACCUUCCGGAAUUCUGCAACCCUUCUCCGCAAAACUCACCACGUGCGCCCCCCACACGCACACACGCACACACGCACAUACACCACCCCGAAGAACUCUCCGCAGGAUCAUACAUGUAUGCAAAGGAGAGUAUAACGAUAUAUAGAUACAAAGUUGGACCCGAGAGAGUCUAUCAGGUGUAAUCCAGCUAUUCGUCCCACGGGAUAAACUACCUGACAGAAAAGCAAAUUUUUUGCCAAGAAUUCCUUCUCGUUUUUCUUCUUUUCAUUAAGCGGGGUGUUUUUUCGUAGUUCCAAAAUUUCUAAGCGGUGGGGGCGGUAAAUCGAACGUUCCAUCGAGGGAUGAUUCCACAGAUUAAUAAUUCUAAUCCCCGGGGAUCGGGCUUCAUUUUUAUUCCGGUGAGCCAGCAAACGGCUGCAGUCAGUUUCGUCGUGGCUAUACGAUUGAUAAUCUUGUUAGUGAUAUCGGCGACCGAUCGUUACCAAAAUAGCAAAGUUUGGUGGGCGUAAACAAGCGAGUGUAACGUUGUAACGUAUACCUUACGUAUAUAUACCUAUCAUCCUCUGGAAGGCGGUGUGUAGGGAUGGGUAUGGAAGUUUUCGUUAUCAGCGGCACGCAGCGCCGUCUUUAUCGGAGCCGCAGUGUCUCCUUAUCGGGAUCCAUUAGAAUAUCUAAAUACCUCCUCCUCCGCUCUCCUUCGCCUCCUUCUCCUUACGAAUGGGCGAGGGGGGGAGUCGGAGGGGCAGCCAGCGGGAGGCAUGAGGCAUGCGGCCACUUGAUAACGUUUGCCUGCAGACUGCCAUCUUAUUUAUAUUCAUCAAUGUUGGGCGCCGCUUAUCGGCGCGCUCCAGCCACACCAACAGUCCUCCGAUCACCGUACAGCGGCGGACCGUACCGUUAGUCCUUCGCAACAACCGACAAUUAUUUGCAAUUCUCUUUGUUUAUUCUUGCCACGAUAUUCCGAUAAUUUUCUUAAGCAUAUUUCAUCGAUUCCUCUCCAACGUUUAUCGCAGACCUUAUUCUCCAAAGUUAUUCGCAUUUCUGCGCGACUGGAAGCAAAUUUUUUAUCAAACUCGUUGAUUUUUUCAACGAAAUUAUUCUUACCUCCCGUUCGCCGAGCUGACCCUCGGGAGAAUUAGAUGCCGAAAAUCUUGUAACUCUACUAAAAGCGGCUCGCCUCUCGGCUCAGGGUGGUGCAGCAGUUGCAUCAGGUAAUGGCCAGAGCGUGUUGAUAGCCGUGUUAAUGGCCUGUUUAGUGUUAAACCGCCUGUAAAAUAUACGUUAUAUGUAUGGAGGAUUUUAUGUCGAUUGGGGUUCGUGUCGGUUGAGACGAUCGUGAGCGAAGAUCAAGUUAUACCGUACCUUAUAUUUCAUAGGAUAGUUUUUUUUGUAUUUAUAUAAUUUUUCAUCUUCCUUUUCGCUCUUACAAGAAUUGUUACAUAUUUGAAGUCAAGUUUUCGUUAGAAUAUCAUCGCGUUUAUGUAUUCCGGGUGAGGGAAAAAUUAGAAGAAAAAAGAGUGAAAUUAAAAAUUGAGGUUUGCGUAACACCGUGAAAAACUCUGUUAGGUAUUCGCAGACACAGACACAUAGAUACAUAUACAUAAUAAAUCCAUGUCUGCAGGCAUCGUGGUGUAAAGAGGUCUAUCCCGAUCGUUCUACUCGCGAGUAGCCGAUGUUAUCAUCGUCAUAUUAGAGGAAGUUAUAAAUCGCAUGGAAUCUAAAAUUGAUCUUUUCUGCAGUCGGUGAAGGCGGGCUGCUGGAAUUCAGGGGGAGUAAAGAGGUAGAAAUCUGCGGCAGGGGGAAGGGGGUGAGUUCCGCGGGUCCAGGCAGAGAAACGGGAGAUACGAGAAAAGGGAAAUAGAGAAGAACGGGCGAGGAGGCUAUACAUCGCGGACGGUGAGGAUGAGCCCACCCCGUCCUCCCUCCCUCUCUCUCUUUCUCUCCGUCAGUCCCUCUCCAUCUCGCCCUUUCUCCUUCUCUCUCUCUGCACCCAUCCAGAAGAGGAACCUUCGUGAGAUAUAUCGAUUGCGACGCGUCUGCGAGUCAAAGAUAAGCACAUCCCUCCCCUCCUCCGCCCGCCGCCCCUUUUGCCACCCUCAAAAACACCCUUUCGUGGCGAACGGCGACGGGCUGGUUUCCUUCUCAUCCUUACCGGGGGUGGGUAUACCUACACGCGAACAUCCCGACACCUCCGCCUUUGUUAUCGACUGAUCGAAAUAUUUUCCUCAAUUAAUUUUUUUCACCAAACUUACGGACGAUGUCCGUCAAAUCCGAGACGUAUACGACGGAAUAUUCAUUUCUUCGGUUUCCUCUUGGGAGAUAUUCUGAGAUCGUUCGUGCGGUGCAGUGUACGCGAAAACGAAAAACCGAAGAUGAAUAGGAUGAAGGAAAAGGAAGAAAAAAAUGCGGAAGUUAUGACGGGAAGAUAAGAAGAAGAAAAGAGGAGGCUGGGGUCAAUAUGACCAUAUACCUUUCUCUGGUCCUCCGAGUGCUAAAAUUAAAACUUCACUCGACGGGUGUAGGGGAAGAUGAAGAGUGGAGUGACUCGGAAAAGACCCCAUCAGUAAGCAGUGGUGUCGAAGGCGGAGGAUCUGGAGUGUCUAGUCCUGCGGCUGCACAUCCUGGCGAGGAAGAGUCCAGCCUUCCACCACCUCCACGAUUGAAUUCCGAGGAGACAAGACCUUGUUUGAAAUCGCAAAACGUUCAUAGCGCCGAAGAUGGUAGAAAAAGAUUUUCGAACAGCAAAACCGAGGAUAUUGAUAAUAUCACUUGUGCGAGAAAAUUCCAACAAGAAAGAGGCCCGACUUUACGGACGCCCGGUGACCUGAGCCCGAAGGAUAAUAUUAAAAUUAAAGAUGACGACGAUGAUGCUAUCGAGUGUGUCAAAGUCGCUAAUGACUUGACUAAAAGGACUUCCCCCUCUUACAAUUCCGCGAGAAGAAAAAGUGCUCGUAGGAUCGGGGAUUCGAGGAGGCUAGAAGAAGCGUCUUCACCUAUUCAAACGAAAAAAAUCAAACUCGAAGAGGAUAACAACACUCCAAAAUUGAGACUGAACGCUAGUCUGGCAACUGACCCUGCCCUACGACCUGCUGCCGUUGCCGGUUUAACUAUCCAACAACAGGAUAACAAGUCAAACACAAAUUCCACCCCACCCCCACUCCCGGCAGUCCUCCAGAACGCCAUAACGUCCGGUCGACUUUUUAUUCUGCCAAACGAUGGUAAGGAGGAAACAGCCAGACCUGUUCCCCUGAUCUGUCCACCCUGUGGUAUACGUUUCAGUUCAGCGAGUACUUUAGAAGCUCAUAGAACGUUCUACUGCGCUCACCGUCCUCGAGCGGAUGAGGAAAGUGCGAACGACGAUGACGAUCAGGAGAAAACAUCAGGAUCUAAAUUUGAAGUCCGUAAAGCGUACGCUUGUCCUCACUGCUCUUACAGUGCGGACAAGAAAGUUUCGCUCAACAGGCACAUGCGGAUGCACGCAGCUUCUCCCGUACCACCACCGUCAAUUUCUCAGCCUCCGUGUACGACACCCGGAAGUCCUUCGAACGGUUCGAUUGUUAACGAAGAGGCUGAAAGAUACUGCAGAAAUUGUGACAUAAGGUUUAGCUCUCUGAAAACUUAUAGGGCUCAUAAGACGCACUAUUGCAGUACGAGGCACGUCGUUAAAGACCUUCUACAACCGACGUCUCUGAAAGGUUCUCCUCCAGCCAGUUCGAGUCCCGGAGAUUCUCCACCUCCUCAACCCUGCCUUGCACUACCUACCAACCCCAUCCUCAUCGUACCAUAUUCCUUAUUUAGAGGAGCGAGUGUACUAGCCGCUCCAGCACUUCCUACUCCAGAUACAGCUUGCUUUUUACUCCCCAACGGAGCCCUUCAGCCAAUGACAAGAGGCCUCACGGCUCCACAGACUACGACUGAUGCUCCGACGGUAUUAAGAGCAGCUAAUAAACCCGCAACGCCAAUUUCCGGAGGUAAUAAUUCGAAUGUUAAUUCGUCAUCGAUGACCUCCGGACCGCUGGAUCUCAGCGUAAGAAGAUCCCUCGUCCCUCAGGACGAAAAGGAGAACAGAGUCUCACCGGUUCCCUCGUUACCAACGCCAGGGAGCCCUAGGUCCAGAGGUAGUAGUCCGAGAACUAGGUCUCUUCCCACAGGACAAAUCAGUCCAGCACCACCACCACCGACUGAAUUAGCUUUAAGAUUAGCCGAACUACCGCCGCCUCCUGUACCCGGAGUUCUCGUCAAGCAGGGAGUCUCUAGGUGUAAGGAAUGUAAUAUCGUAUUCUGUCGGCACGAGAACUUCGUCGCUCACAAAAAGCAUUAUUGUCAGGCCAGAGAGAACCCGAUAAGCAGUCCACCUCCUUCUGGAACACCAUCGCCUCCUCUUUAUCAACUGAUAUGUGCUGCUUGUGGCAUAAAAUUUGCAUCCCUUGACAACUUGGCAGCGCAUCAGGCAUUCUAUUGCGAAAAGAGAUCCGAGCCCUCGAAACAUCAGGCGAGAUGUUCAAAAUGCAAGGCAACGAUAGAACCAGGAACGACGCACACUUGUACGAUCGGACCUACGGGAGGUUGGCGAUGUCCAGUUUGCGGAUCCGUCAGUCCAACUGCCGGCGCAGCCCAAAGACACAUGGAUGCGCAUCAGGGUGUCAAAGCAUUUCGGUGCACGAUAUGUCGUUAUAAAGGGAAUACUCUUCGCGGUAUGAGGACACAUAUUAGAAUGCAUUUCGAAAAACGUGGUACAGACUUACAGGAAGAAAAUUACAUAACUUGUGUUCUCGACGAUGAAACAAUUCCUACUGCUCCGACACCCGAACCAGCAGCCGCUACCACGCCGGAUGAGAUUCCAGGGGAUCAACCGAUUCUUCACAGUACUUCGUCAGUGAAUGGAAAUUUGUCGGAAGUGAUUCAGAAAAGUCCCCAGCUCGUACAAAGUGGCGUAACGACGGCGAAGACAGCAAUAUUAACAACAGCGACCAGUACGACGUCAAACACAUCAUCCGUUAUGAUACCAAAUAAUAUUAUUCCUCACGUAGGUGUUAAACAGGAAAGAGACGAUACGCCACCACCAGAAGAGAGUUUAGACCCUACAAAAACAGGACCCAGAUAUUGCCAUUCUUGUGACAUAAGUUUUACCUAUUUAAGUACCUUUAUUGCACACAAGAAAUUUUACUGCUCAAGUCAUGCGGGAGAAGCAAGCAAUAAUAACAACAAUUCUAGUAGCCACGUUGAUCACCCUACAACAAAUUCUAGUGCUCCUAGUACUCCCGUUAAUUCUGCCAAUGCUGCACCUACUAACAGGAGCGAAGCUUCCGUACUUUAAAUUUUCAUUUAAACUAAUAAAAUUAAUGGAUUUCGAAAACAAGAGAAGAAUAGUAGAGAAAGUAAAAGAGAUAUAUGAACGCCGAGUUAUUUCUAUCAUUUUCUAGUAUUUUUUUUUUUAUACAAGUCCGCGGAAUCAAUCGGGAGACUGAGAGUUGUAGUUCGUUUAUGUCGGUUUCUACUUUUCAGUGUUUUAUUUUGCUUGUUUCGUGUUUGCGUUUUUUGUUCACAGACAUCAAGAGUGCGAUGUUAUCGAGAGUUUAUAUGUAUGUAGCAUUAAUUUUUUUUGUUUUUCAAUUUACAAAAACUAUAGCUAAAUAUUGUUUUCAUGUAAAGUCUUUGCUACAAUCUUCUAGUCAUUCAAAAAUGUAUUCGCUAAAUUUUCCCAUACUAAUCAUGAACGGUGAAGAAAAAAUUUCGAACAAACAAACGAAUCAACGUUGAAAAACUCCUUUCCGGACACUGUAAAGUUGAAACAAAAGAUAUAAAAAUAAAUAGGUAAAAAAGAAACACGUCUCUCUAUAUAUGUACAUAACUAUACCUACGAAAUAUUAUGUACUUCAAAAAAUUUCUCUCUGUAAUAUAAGAUUCAAAAUUCUUAAAAACAUUAAAUUUUACAAGUACAUAAAUUCUACGUUUUUCGCAUAGAUAAAAAUGAAUAUAAUGCUACUAAGAGUAAUAAAAAGAACAUUAUUAGUAAUAGUAAUAAUAAUAAUAACAACAACAACAACAAUAAUAAUCAUAAUAACAGUAGGACUAGUAGCUGUAGUGGUAGAAGUAGUAGUAGUAAUAGUAGUACACGAUAAGAUGUAAGGGUAUAGUUAUACCUACACAACCUAUGAAAAUUCGCAACUCCAAAACUAAGGGUAUUACAAAAGAUUAAAAAAGUCUGUUCUACA